CCCCAGUUUGGGUUUCAAAGUCCGCUGGGGCUCACCCGCUGAUCCGCUUCCCCUGCAGGUGGCCCCGAAAAGACAGGACCAACGCUGGCAUGGGCCAAAGAGCGGUGCGAGUGCUGCUGCUCCUGGGCUUAUUGCACUGGGGCCCCGGCAGCGAGGGAAGGAAAACCUGGAGACGGCGUGGUCAGCAGCAGCAGCAACAGCAGCAGCAGCCGCAGCCGCCUCCGUCUCAGCCUCAGUCUCAGCCUCAGCCCCAACCCCAGGCGCUUCCUGGCCGUGAGCUGGGCGAGGUGGCAGGGCAGCCAGUGGAGAGCUUCCCACUGGACUUCACGGCUGUGGAGGGCAACAUGGACAGCUUCAUGUCUCAGAUCAAGAGUCUGGCGCAGUCCCUGUAUCCCUGUUCCGCUCAAAAGCUGGAUGAGGAUUUGCGGCUUCACCUCCUGCUCAACACCUCGGUGACCUGUAAUGACGGCAGCCCCGCGGGCUACUACCUCAAGGAGUCUAAGGGCAGCCGGCGCUGGUUGCUCUUUUUGGAAGGCGGCUGGUAUUGCUUUAACCGGGAAAACUGCGAUUCUCGCUAUGACACCAUGAGGCGUCUUAUGAGCUCCAAAGACUGGCCAAGAACUCGCACAGGUACCGGUAUCCUCUCAUCUCAACCAGAGGAGAAUCCCCAUUGGUGGAAUGCCAACAUGGUCUUCAUCCCCUAUUGCUCCAGUGAUGUCUGGAGUGGAGCCUCCUCCAAGUCUGAAACCAAUGAAUAUGCUUUCAUGGGGGCCCUUAUUAUCCAGGAGGUGGUUCGAGAGCUCCUGGGCAAAGGGUUGACCAGUGCCAAGGUACUGCUGCUGGCUGGAAGCAGUGCUGGGGGGACUGGGGUUCUUCUGAAUGUGGACCGGGUUGCAGAGCAGUUAGAGGAGUUGGGCUAUUCAGCCAUCCAAGUUCGGGGCCUGGCUGACUCUGGUUGGUUCCUGGACAACAGGCAGUAUCGCCGAACAGACUGCAUUGACACCAUCACCUGUGCACCCACGGAAGCCAUCCGACGAGGGAUCAGGUACUGGAAUGGGGUCGUCCCCGAGCGCUGCCGACUACAGUUCAAGGAAGGCGAGGAGUGGAACUGCUUCUUCGGAUACAAAAUCUACCCUACCCUGCGCUGCCCUGUGUUCGUGGUACAGUGGCUGUUUGAUGAAGCCCAACUGACUGUGGACAAUGUGCAUCUGACCGGGCAGCCUGUGCAGGAAGGGCAAUGGCUCUAUAUCCAGAACCUUGGCCGGGAGCUUCGGAACACACUCAAGGAUGUGUCGGCUAGCUUUGCCCCUGCCUGCCUGUCCCAUGAGAUCAUCAUCCGAAACCACUGGACGGACAUUCAGGUGAAGGGCACCUCACUGCCUCGAGCACUUCACUGCUGGGACCGAAGUCUUCACGAGAGCAACAAAAAUGGCAAAGCCCCCCCCUUGAAGGGCUGUCCUGUCCACCUCAUUGACAACUGCCCCUGGCCCCACUGCAACCCCUCGUGUCCCACCAUCCGAGACCAGUUUACGGGACAAGAGAUGAACAUAAUCCAGUUCCUCAUGCACAUGGGCUUCGAUGUACAGAAAAUGGCCCAGCAGCAAGGGCUGGAGCCCAGCAAGCUGCUGGGGAUGCUUAGCAGCGGGAGCUAAAUGAAGUCAGGAUGUGGAAAUGAUUCAUGGCCAGCACAGGAGAGGGUGACCCCCCGAAGACCCUUUGCCUCCUUCCCUUCUUCCACUUCACCUCACACCAUAAGGCUCACAUUCUUGCUCUGUACCCGAUGCCCCUUGGACCUAGACACAUAUGUCCCACUGGGACCAACAGAGCCCUAAGCCUCCUCUUUACCUUCCUCGAGAUACUUGGAAUCACAGAAUGUUCCGAGUUGGAAGGGUCCUCAGUGGCCAGCCUAACCCAUGACCCCCUAACAGAAUCCUCACUGUAAUAUGCUCACUAUGGGUCAUCCAGCCUACUCUAAGAUCUCCAGUGGGGGUAGGAAGGGAAUCCAUCCCCUUCUGAGGCAUCCAAUUUCACUUUUAUAUAGCUUUGUUAGGAAAUUUUUUUCCCUCGUGUCUAAAUUUGUCUCUUUGUAACUUCAUCCCAUUGCUUCUGUUUCUGCCCUCUGAAGCCAAGCAGAACACACCUAAUCCAUCUUCUGUAUGACAGCCUUUCAAAUACUUGAAGCUGUCAUGUGUUUCCCUCAUCCCUAACCCCACCCCAAGUCUUCUCUUCUCCAGGUUAAAGAUUCCCAGGUCCUUCCACUCAAACUCUCAUAACAUGAACUCCAGGCUUCUUACCAUCCUUAUCGCCCUUCUCUUGAACAUUAUUCAGUGCAUCCUAAACUAUGUCACCGAGCAUUGAAUACAGUAUCCCAGAGAGGGUCUGACAAGGGCAGAGAAUAUAGGCCCACUCCUCUUCUUAUGCCUUAUUCCUCUCAAUCUAGAUCAGGAUUAUGUCAGUUUUGUUGUCUGCCAUCUCAUACUGCUGACUCAACUUAAGCUGGCAGUCCAGCAGAACCUCCAUAUCUUUCCCCAACAUAGUGUUUUCCAGCAAUGCCUUUUGCCCAAUCCUGUCCUUUGGAAAUUGACUCCUUUAACUAAAAGGUAAGUCUUUACAUUUAUCUCUGUUGAAUUUAAUCUUAUUGGAUUCCGCCCAAUUGGUUUCUGUCUAGCCUAUCUUUUUGGAUCCUAUCAUUUAGAGUGCUGUCUUUAAAUUCCUGCCUUGUGUCAUCUAGAAAUUUGAUAAGUAUGACUUUGUCUAGAUAAAAAUAUUUAAUUGGACAAGGCCAAGUGCAGAUCCCUGGGGUACUUUCCCGGAUGCCUCCUUCUAAGUUUUGUCAUUAAACUAGGAAGGACCCCUCUUUGAGUCUGGCCACUCAAUUCUGCAUCCAUUUAAUUGUAUUGUUACCUAACCCACAUCUCUCCAACUUUUCCACAAGAAAACCAUGGGAUAUUUCAUCAAAUGCUUGACUAAGAUCUGGGUAAAUCAUACCCACAGCAUUUUAAUCCUGCUACUUCAGUAACUGUUAAAAAAAAAAAAAAGAAAUAACAUUUGGUGGCAUGACGUGUUCUUGAUGAAGCCAUGCUGGUUCUCUGUGAUUGCUGUUUCCUUUUCUAGAUAUUCACUGAUCAUUCCUUUAAUUCUAGAGUUUCCCCAGGAAUUGAAGUCACACUUACUAGCCUACAGUCUGCAGACUGUUCUCUUCCACCCCUUUUUUUUUUUUGAAUUGGGAUAACAGUUGCCUUUCCUUGGUCCUAUGACACUUCUCCCAUUUUCCAUAGUCUUUCGAAUACUAUUGACAGUGGUUCUGCUGUCACUUGUACUCCCUUCAGGACACAAAGAUAGAGUCCAUUUUGGCCAUGGGACUGCAACUGAUCAAGGACAUCUUACUUUCUGCUUAUUCCUCUUGGACAUCGACUCUCUGUUAGUCAUUUUUACUGUUAUCAUUAGUUCAGAGUUCAUUCUCUUUGUCAGAGAACAUAAAGAAAAUUAGAAUUAGAGAAUCCUACUUUCUUCCUCUUGCUAGUUAUUUUAUUUCAUCCACACAUACCCCCCACCUAAGAAGCAAUUCUAGUUCCUAUUUAAUCUUCCUUUUUCCUAAUAUGGUUUUUUUAAAUACUAUUUUUUUGGUGAUCUUUUGCUUUCUGAGCUAGACUCAGCCCAUUGUGAGACUUAGCACUCCUGACGCUAUAUUUAUGGGACAGUGUCAUGUUCUUAUAUUCAUCCUCUAUCCCUUGCCCUUGCUUCCAUAUCUCUGAAAUCUCAGUUGGCUGGUGAGUCCAGAGUAUAUACACAUUGAUCUCUUUCGACAUGUAUUUCUAUUCAUUGGAAUUGUUUCCCUUGUGAUUUCAGUCACUAAGAAAUUCUUGAGAGUGUCUCAUCUCUCCUGAGUAGAUUUCCCCUAUGGAAUUUUAGUCCAUAGGAUCCUACACAGUCUAUUCUCUGAGCCCUUUGAACUCUGUUUUCCAAAAAUCUAGGGUUCAUGUCAGACCCUACUUGGCUUUCCUUUUUCUCUAUCAAAAAUUUUAGGAGGGAGUAGUCAUUUUCCCUAUAAUGUUCCCAUCAUUUCCAUUCACCCUUCCUCCUUCCUUCCCUGGCUGAGGUCUCUGGUCUCAACUCUUCCUCCCAUUGCUUCCAAUGCAGUUUGGCUGGAGACUAGCUGCCCAUCAAAUGAAGCAACAUCCUCAUGAUCCCCUCCUGGAUCUGCUUCUGUCACCAUCAUGUACUUCUCUGUUAUUCUUUCCUACCCUUUCCUCCCAGAGCCUUUGGUCCAUGGGGCAGAGCCUAAAGCACUGGAUUCCUCAAUUCCACCACAAGUCCCAUCUCAGUCCCUUUCCAUCCUCACCUCCCAGGCCUUUUCAUGCCCUUUUGUAUUGUUUUAUAAAGUGACUUUUUUAUUACUUUAAUUUUUUAAAAAAGGAAAUAAGCAAGAAUAUAAGAUGAAUGAUAUUGUUUUGUAACAUAUUUUUUUUAAAUAAUAAAAAACCAAAGAACCUCA